CCGGCGUGCGGGCGUGCGGGCUUGCGGGCGUGCGGGAGCCGGGCACCGCGGAUCGGGCACUCAGCGGGAAGCGCGGCAUGGAGCACCGGGCCGCCGGCGCCUGCUUCGCCCUGCUGUGGGGCUGCGCGUUGGCCGUGGCCGUGGCGGCGCAGGGCAAGGAAGUUGUCUUAUUGGAUUUUGCUGCAGCGAAGGGAGAGCUCGGCUGGCUCACGCACCCCUAUGGCAAAGGGUGGGACUUGAUGCAGAAUAUUAUGAACGACGUGCCCAUCUACAUGUACUCGGUGUGCAACGUGGUGGCUGGCGACCAGGACAACUGGCUGCGCACCAACUGGGUGUACCGCGAGGAGGCCGAGCGCAUCUUCAUCGAGCUCAAGUUCACCGUGCGCGACUGCAACAGCUUCCCGGGCGGUGCCAGCUCCUGCAAGGAGACCUUCAACCUCUACUACGCCGAGUCAGACUUGGACUACGGCACCAACUUCCAGAAGCGCCAGUUCACCAAGAUCGACACCAUCGCGCCCGACGAGAUCACGGUCAGCAGCGACUUCGAGGCGCGCCACGUGAAGCUGAACGUGGAGGAGCGCUCCGUGGGGCCCCUCAGCCGCAAGGGCUUCUACCUGGCCUUCCAGGACCUGGGCGCCUGCGUGGCGCUGCUCUCCGUCCGCGUCUACUACAAGAAAUGCCCCGAGCUGCUGAAGAGCCUGGCCCGCUUCCCCGAGACCAUCGCGGGCUCCGACGCCCCCUCGCUGGCCACCGUGGCUGGCACCUGCGUGGACCACGCCGUGGUGCCCCCUGGGGGCGAGGAGCCCCGCAUGCACUGUGCGGCGGAUGGCGAAUGGCUGGUACCCAUCGGGCAGUGCCUGUGCGAGGCAGGCUACGAGAAGGUGGAGGACGCCUGCCAGGCCUGUUCUCCGGGAUUCUUCAAGUCGGAGGCCUCCGAAAGCUCCUGCCUGGAGUGCCCGGCGCACACGCUGCCGUCCCCAGAGGGUGCCACCUCCUGCGACUGCGAAGAGGGCUACUUCCGGGCACCGGAGGACCCGCUGUCCAUGCCCUGCACCCGCCCGCCCUCGGCGCCGCAUUACCUCACAGCCGUGGGCAUGGGCGCCAAGGUGGAGCUGCGCUGGACACCCCCCCAGGACAGCGGCGGCCGCGAGGACAUCGUGUACCGGGUCACCUGCGAGCAGUGCUGGCCGGAGUCUGGGGACUGUGGGCCCUGCGAGGCCAGCGUGCGCUACUCGGAGCCCCCGCACGCCCUGACCCGCACCAGCGUGACGGUCAGCGACCUGGAGCCUCACAUGAACUACACCUUCGCCGUCGAGGCCCGCAAUGGCGUCUCGGGCCUGGUGACGAGCCGCAGCUUCCGCACGGCCAGCGUGAGCAUCAACCAGACAGAGCCCCCCAAAGUAAGGCUGGAGGGCCGCAGUACCACCUCGCUGAGUGUCACCUGGACAAUCCCUGCACCCCAGCAGAGCCGGGUGUGGAAGUACGAGGUGACCUACCGCAAGAAGGGAGACGCCAACAGCUACAACGUGCGGCGCACCGAGGGCUUCUCCGUGACCCUGGAGGACCUGGCUCCCGACACCGUCUACCUGGUGCAGGUGCAGGCGCUGACGCAGGAGGGCCAGGGGGCCGGCAGCAAGGUGCACGAGUUCCAGACGCUGUCCAUGGAAGGAUCUGCCAACAUGGCGCUGAUCGGUGGUUUGGCUGUUGGCAUCGUCUUGCUUCUGGUGCUGGCAGGAGUCGGCUUUUUCAUCCACCGCAGGAGGAGGAAGCUGCGAGCUCGUCAGUCCUCAGAGGAUGUCUACUUCUCCAAGUCAGAGCAACUGAAGCCCCUGAAGACCUAUGUGGACCCCCACACCUAUGAAGACCCCAACCAGGCUGUGCUCAAGUUCACCACCGAGAUCCACCCGUCCUGUGUCACCCGGCAGAAGGUGAUCGGAGCAGGAGAGUUUGGGGAGGUGUACAAGGGGACACUGAAGUCGUCCUCGGGGAAGAAGGAGGUGCCCGUGGCCAUCAAGACACUGAAAGCGGGCUACACAGAGAAACAACGGAUAGACUUCCUGAGCGAAGCCAGCAUCAUGGGCCAGUUUAGCCACCACAACAUCAUCCGCCUGGAGGGCGUGAUCUCUAAAUACAAACCCAUGAUGAUCAUCACGGAAUACAUGGAGAACGGGGCUCUGGACAAGUUCCUCCGGGAGAAGGAUGGCGACUUCAGCGUGCUGCAGCUGGUGGGCAUGCUGCGGGGUAUCGCGGCGGGCAUGAAGUACCUGGCCAACAUGAACUACGUGCACCGCGACCUGGCCGCACGCAACAUCCUGGUCAACAGCAACCUGGUGUGCAAGGUGUCCGACUUCGGGCUGUCUCGAGUGCUGGAGGACGACCCCGAGGCCACCUACACCACCAGUGGUGGCAAGAUCCCCAUCCGCUGGACGGCCCCGGAGGCCAUUUCCUACCGCAAGUUCACGUCGGCCAGUGACGUGUGGAGUUUCGGCAUCGUCAUGUGGGAGGUGAUGACGUAUGGUGAGCGGCCCUACUGGGAGCUGUCGAACCAUGAGGUGAUGAAGGCCAUCAACGAUGGCUUCCGGCUCCCCACACCCAUGGACUGUCCCUCGGCCAUCUACCAGCUCAUGAUGCAGUGCUGGCAGCAGGAACGUGCCCGACGCCCCAAAUUUGCCGACAUCGUCAGCAUCCUUGACAAGCUUAUCCGAGCCCCUGACUCCCUCAAGACUCUGGCUGACUUUGACCCCCGGGUGUCCAUCCGGCUGCCCAGUACCAGCGGCUCCGAGGGGGUGCCCUUCCGUACUGUGUCCGAGUGGCUGGAAUCCAUUAAGAUGCAGCAGUACACAGAGCAUUUCAUGAGCGCCGGCUACACAGCCAUCGAGAAGGUGGUGCAGAUGACCAACGACGACAUCAAGAGAAUUGGGGUCCGGCUGCCUGGCCAUCAGAAGCGCAUCGCCUACAGCCUGCUGGGACUUAAGGACCAAGUGAACACCGUGGGGAUCCCCAUCUGAACCCCGACAGGGCCUCAUGCCCCCGCCCCACCCGCUCUGGGCCAAGAAUACUUGAAGAAACAAGAGGCCUCCUUACCAGCUCUGAGUCGGGCUGUGGAGACCUUAUUUAUUCCCCCAACCAUUCCUUCCUGACGCCAUCCGCAGGCCCGUGCUGGGGGGCCUUGGACGACGCCCUGAAAUGAACUGAGGAGAUGCUUUGGGGACGCUAGGCCAGAGACCCAGCUAAGCACUUAGCAGACGCGCAGGUCGCCUUCCCAGCGUGCCUUGCUGCACGGACCUCUCCCAAAUGGCCUCCCCUCUGCCUCCGGCCGCAGGAAGCCACUUAGGAGCUGGGGGUCAGCCCAAGGUCCUGUGAAUAGGGUACCUCGAACCCCCACGUCUUGCUCUCAGAGGGCAGAUCAUGAAACUUGGUUGGGUGAGACUCGCAGUGGUGCUGUGCCUCCAACCCCCCCCCCGCCCCCCCACGAGUGCCUUCUUCAGACGCCCCCCCCCGCCCCGCCCCAGUCCUCGGCUCUAACGGGCUGAUGUCUUGCUCUCCUGGGCCCUCUUAGGACGCUUGGUUGUGUUGAGGUUUUUU